AUGGACAAGGAUAAUCCGGACUUCACGUUUGCAAAAUCCAGCUCUCUUAAGUUACCAGUCACUUUUCGCAUCUCUCAAUUUGAAGGAAAUCGCCAGCCGAGACCAUUCACGGAUGUUAUUGACAAUCCGGACCUCCAGUUUGCUGGUGUACAAUCUCCAACCUUCUCGGACCUCUACGUGACUUGUCAACUUGUGGCGGACAAUAAGCCACUGACUAUUGCGUACCGGACUGCGUUCAAGGCUUUCAAGAACAGUUAUACAUGGAACGAAUGGAUCACGUUGCCUAUCCGAUAUUGUGACCUCCCACUGAGCUCGCAGAUCACGUUUACUGUAUGGGAUAUCGAAGGUCCUCGGUCGGCUGCUCCUGUAGGCGGCACGACGUUUCGCUUGUUUGGCAAAAAAGGGACAUUGAGACGUGGUAAACAUAGAUUGUUCCUCUGGCCUGGAGUUGAGGCGGAUGGCUCUGUUGAUGCUAAGACACCGAGUAAGACGGAGAUAAAGGAUGAGAUGGGACGAUUAGAGAAACUUGUGAAGAAAUACGAGCGAGGCGAUUUACCGAAAGAAGAUUGGUUAGACAAACUCGCAUUCCGAAAGAUGGAGGAGAUCCAUGCUGCAGAGGCGAAGAAAUCUAAGAAUUUCUUCUUGUAUGUCGACCUCCCGCGAUUUGAUUUCCCAGUUGUCUUUUCAGAACCUGAGCCGUCCAACAUGCCUACAAUCAUGCCAUCGUCGUCAUCGGCUCAGGGGAUCGCCACAGCAAGCGCGGGUUCACUCCUGUCGGAUUCCUCCCUAUGGCAGAUCGUUGAUCCCGAAGUGGCGCGCGAAAACCCCGUUGAGGACAAACACCGACGUCUCGUUCGAAGUCAUCGUAGCGGUGCACUUGAUCGAGAGCUGAAGCCUAAUGCGAAGGAUCGAGAUGAACUUGCUGAUAUUUUGAACUAUGCGCCGACGCAACCGUUAACAUCGGAAGAGAAGGAUCUCGUUUGGAAAUUCCGAUUCUAUUUGACACGGGACAAACGCGGGUUAACCAAGUUCCUUAAGUCCGUGACGUGGCGAGAUCCGAGUGAAGUGAAGCAAGCAGUUGAAGUCCUGCUACCUCAAUGGACGGAUAUUGAAGUCGAUGAUGCUCUAGAGCUCUUAGGGCCGGGUACAGUUGAUAGCAGAGUUCGUAACUUUGCGGUCAAGCAGCUUUCCAAGGCUGAUGAUGAUGAAUUGUUACUUUAUUUGGUACAGCUACUACAAGCACUGAAAUUCGAAAACUCUGCAAGCGAUCAACGGUCGCUGCGCUUGAGCUCGAAUGCGAUCUCGCAAGAAGACAGUGGCUUGGCGGACUUCCUCAUUGAACGAGCCGUGCGAAAUCCUGUACUGGGGAAUCGUUUCCAUUGGUACUUAAUGGUGGAAGUAGCGUUGGAAGACAAACAGGUUGCGAAGGUCUAUGGAAAGGUCUGGUAUAAGUACAUGGAGAAGCUCAAGAAGUCCGAUGACGGGCCAGCACGGACAGACGUCUUGCGUCGACAGGGGGAGCUUAUUGCUACGUUAUCGAAGAAGGCAAAGGACCUCAAAGCUUCGAAGGAUCAGCGUCCAAAGAAGAUUGAGCGACUACGAGCUUUCAUCGCAGAUUCGAAAAGUGGAUUGGCGACCAUGGCACCGUUGCCACUGCCGCUAAACGCUUCCGUUGAGAUCACCGGUAUAGUCGCCGAGAAGGCCUCCGUCUUCAAGUCCAGUCUUUCUCCCAUGCUUCUCUACUUCACUUGCACAGACGGGAGCGAAUAUCCGUUGAUAUUCAAAGAUGGGGACGACAUGCGACAGGAUCAGCUGGUAAUUCAGCUUUUCACGCUUAUGGAUCGGCUCCUGCGAAAAGAGAAUUUAGAUUUGAAGUUGAGUCCCUAUGCUGUCCUUGCUACAAGUCCGUCACAGGGGAUGGCGCAGUUUAUUCCCAGUAUGGCGAUUGCGUCGAUUGUGAGCGAGUAUAACGGCUCGCUGCUUAAUUAUUUGAGAGCGCAUAAUCCGGACGAAGGGAGUGUGGGCACGUUUGGAGUUAAGAAGUCGGUUCUUGAUACUUUCGUGAGGAGCUGUGCUGGUUAUUCCGUCAUGACUUAUAUCCUUGGAGUUGGUGAUCGGCAUUUGGAUAACUUGCUAUUAGCUCCUGAUGGACAUUUCUUCCAUGUCGACUUUGGAUACAUCCUGGGCCACGACCCAAAACCCUACCCUCCACCUGUCAAAGUCUGCCCAGAAAUGAUCGAAGCAAUGGGCGGCACUCCCUCCCCCGAAUUCGCACGCUUCCAAAAUCUCUGCUUCGUAGCCUACUCCAUCCUCCGAAAAAGUGCGAACCUAAUACUCAACUUGGUGUCCCUGAUGGGCGAGGCAAACAUCCCGCAUGUGAAUUAUCGGGACGUGCAUGAACAGCUGCAGGAGAAGUUCCAGUUGCAUUUGAGUGAGGAGGAUGCGAUUAAGGAGUUGGAGAAGCAGUUGAGAGGAAGUUCGACGUAUCAUAACUUUUUGGACAGGAUGCAUGGAGUCGCGCAGUAUUGGAGGUAUUGAAGUGGGUGAAUUUGAAGGGUUUCUUUUGGUUGUACGAAUGCGUUUAUAUAUGUAGCAUAGAUCAAUACUUUCUUAAUUGCUGUCUUGUGUAUGGUAGCAUAUGUAAGAGUGAAACUGAGACGUCGC